AUAUGCCUUCAGUUAUUCAGUCCAUAUCUUGAAUACUAUACUUAGCUGGUUAAGGAAACCAAUCAUACAGUUUGCUCACCUAUAAUAUCCCUUGAAGGUGUUCUAUACUUCAUACUGUUUAUUGCAUUGAGUUGGAGAAAAAAGUGCAACUUUGUACAUGUAUAAAAUGCUGUGACUGCACUUACUCUUUAUUGUUACGGACACACCAAGGUCACGCUCCACACGGACACUCAGUGUCAUCGUCUGGUCAACUAAAUCAGUCUUAGAUCCCUUCUUGUUCCUGUAAAGGAUUCUUCAAGUAAGUUCGUGUGCUUUGUAGUUAUUAGAGGCUUCCCUGCACAUCCUCUGGGCUAAUCAUUACCUGCUCACCUCUGCCUCACCUAUCAACCUGAUAUACUCACUGGCUUACUCACCUUUAACAUAUUCACCUGCUCACCUGCUCCAGCUGAAGUGUAGCAUACUCACCUGCUCCAGCUGAAGUGUAGCAUACUCACCUGAUAUACUCACCUGCUCCAGCUGAAGUGUAGCAUACUCACCUGAUAUACUCACCUGCUCCAGCUGAAGUGUAGCAUACUCACCUGAUAUACUCACAUGCUCCAGCUGAAGUGUAGCAUACUCAUUUAAUGUACUCACCUGCUCUCCUGUUCCAGCCAUAUGUGUUGAAUACUCACCUGGCAUACUCAUCCUGCUGUGCAAGCAAUCAUGCUUUUUGUGGUGUGCUUAUUUCAGCUGAAAAUGAAGGUGGCUUGGCUUUCUCAAAUUUUUUCACCAUGUCAUCGUUGUUUUAAAAUAAGUCACCUUUACUGUAUGUGUGGCCAUGACAUGAUUUUAAUGUUCUUUUCUGUCAUUUCAAGGUCCCCACUGUGCGGCACGUCCAUUCCAGGUGUACCUGAUUAGUGGGAUUGCACGCUGGAACUCAGACCGCAGUUCUGAUGCAGUGUAUGGUGGCAAAGGGCGAGUGCACAGAACCUACUCCGCACCUCUAAUCCAGCGUCUCAACACCCGCUGCCAGCUGUUGUUUGGAGAAACCGUGGAGGAGAAUUUCCGUGCCCCUUCUGCUGUGGCAUCAAACGAGCUGCUUGGUUUGGAGUACCUCUUCAGCCAGAGCACGGGUGAAUCUGGUGCCAACUUCUCCCUCGCUGAUCUCUCAAAUGAUGGACCAAGUCCAGAGCAAGAGGUGGUUCAGCCAGACCAGGCUGAACCAGAUGAGGAUGACGAGGCUUACCAGAGUGACCCAGAGGCAAAUGAUGAUGGGCUGGGUGUUGCCCCAGCCCACAUAACUCUUACCACCAAUGAAACCACCACAGCUCACCCUCCGGCCUUUGAGGAUGCCUGCAGCUCCAACCCCCUACCAGGAUUUCAGCAGCUGGAGAGAUUCUGCUCUCUUCUGGUGGAGAUCGGUUUCUCUGAAACCAAGCUGAGCCUGACGACAGACCAGAGGAAUAAAAUCAUAGAUGCAUGGAAUUCUGUGGAGGACCACGACAAGCAGCCACAGAGGUUUCACCAGCUGUACAGGACGCACUGGGGCAACACACUGUACUGCCGGACGAAGAGAGAUGAUCUUGUUGAAGCUGCCAUAGUUCAGAAAGUGAAGAUGGCCCAACGCUAUGCGCCAGCUCAACAAGACAUCAGUGCUCUUCAUAACCGGCUAAUGUACACGCUGGUGAAACUUCUGUGGCUGGGGUUACCUCAAGGUUCCAGCCGAUCAAGCCCUGAAAAAUCAUCCAUCCUAAAGGCUUAUGGAAAAAUCCAACACUGCAUUUUGGUGGAGGAUCCGGUUUUGAGCAAGAUGGGGAUUCCUCUACCAAAAAUUCAUUCAAAGACUGUCCGAGAUUUUAUCCGUCGCCAAGAGAGGCUGGUCAACCUGCAGGCAACAAAGAUGCCAUCCUUAGUUAUAUUAAAGACCACAUCGGUCUCCUCGGAAGAGUUACCCCCAGCAGAGUGUCAGCCGUCGGUUCUCCCUCCUCCUGCUUACCCAGAAAUGGAGUACAAGCAAAUCCCCAGCACAGCAGGCACCAAGAUCUUAAAGAGUAGAUCAGACAUUACGGCGCCAGCUCCAAAAACUCCAUCCCCCACAAAACACAAUACAACCCCAUUACCCCAGCAGAAAGCAUUAUCAACCAUAUUCAAACCUCUGCCCAGAACUCCAACAACCACCACAGAUACACCAGAGGCCCCAGCUACCUCCGCCAACACCUACAGCCAGCCUGACACCCCUGCAUUCUGGUCCAGGUCCUGUGUGUAUAAAAGAAAAAAAACAGACACUCUAAGUGAAGUUGGUGCAAAGCUGUCUCGGGUUCACCACUUGCCUAUUUGCACACUCUGCAACCAGCCUACUCAGGGGCAUAAAAAAUACAAAAAGAAAAACUUUUGUGUUGUGAAAAUGAUGUCUACCUCCAAAGGACUGGAAAACAGAGUGUUCAGCAGUUAUAAAGACUUCAUGGCUGUUGUGGACACACUGAAGUGAACUCAAACACUCUUUUGAUAAUGUACAUUUCAUGUAUAUAUAUAGUUUUUUGUGGUUACAAAUUUGUGUGUUAUUGUUUGUUUUUUCU